UAUGUGUCAGCGCAUUUUAUGGUAACAAACUGAUUUUAACAACUCAAAUAGGUUGGUAUAUUAAUAUUAUAUGAUUUAAUAACAUAUAGGUUAUAGUUAGGAAGCACACGCAAAUGCACCGCUCGGAAAUGAAGGGAGAGGACAGGACAGCCUGCACACAAACUCUCUUCAUCUUUGUCAAGGACAAUUCAUUUAAACGGAUGAGCUCAGACAAGUCGGCUGGCUGUUUCCACUCGUCGGGGUUUGCGGCGGAGCUUUUGAUUGGCUGAUUGUAUUAUUGUAUGCAAAUCCGGUCGGGGUUGCAGCCAGUAGGUGAAAGGCUUGCGCUGGUGUGGCUCUCGAGACCCGAAGCGCGAGGUGAAGCAUCUUUCUGUGGAGCUGUCCACUCCAGGAGGUGCUGAAACGAGGAUUUUCACGUCAACCGACAGUUGGAAGGAAUGCACAAACUCAGAGGACGCUUUACAGCAUAACCAAAACGGGAUUGGAUUUACUUCGCAGUUAACAUUGUUGUUCCGAAAGUAAUACUCUUAUAUCAAAAUAACUCUAUCGGAAAUACCUUUCUGGAUGACUUGUAGUUGGAUGCACAGGAGGGUAAUGAGAGGCUCCAGAAGAUGGUGGGCAGCUGUCCUGCUCUGGGGGGCGGCGCUGAUCGCAGAGGCACGUCCAGGCAAAGAAGGAUUUAGCCCUCUGGCGUAUCGACCUCUCGUCAGAUUCCGUCACAAGCAGGAUGGGAUCUCAGAGAGUUUACGGAUUAAAGGGUUCUUUGGUCAGAAUGGUUAUCCUGGGCCCUGUGAACAUAAGUACUGUGGUUUGGGGAAGCACUGUGUGGUUGACCAAGAAACAGGUGAAGGAGAAUGUCAGUGCCUGGAUCGCUGCAAACCACAUUACAAACCUGUGUGUGGAUCUGACGGCAAACUCUACCAGAACCACUGUGAGCUUCACAGAGCCUCCUGUUUGGCCCAUCAGAGAAUAACCAUCAUGCACAGCGAGGAAUGCUUCUACAAAGGUAAAGAACCUGAUAUGAUUUGUAAUGGUAUUUUGUCCAUCAUUGUCCAGUUGCAUAUUUGGACUACUUUGUUUGAUUAAGGUGGUUGUUAAAGCCAUUUUUAUGUGAACUGCAUACUUAAUUGUUUAAAGAUGUGGUUUUGUAAAUUCUGAAAAGGAUGUUGAGUUGAGUUAUAAGAACAGCACAUCCUGAUGUGUACAGCGAGGCAAAGGAGACGUACUUGACAAAUUUCUUUUCCAAGAAAAAGAGAGGCUGUUUUGUUCAGCAUAAUAAUCAAGAUACAAUUCUCAGAAAUUAUGUCCAGCCCUAAUGCAGUAGUAAUGGCCACUAAUGAAUGGAAAAAUAUUAUGUUGUGCUUGUAAAAUCUGAUUUAGAACUGGAAACUUAACUUUCUUAAAUCAUCAUUCAUUUUGUUUUGCUCUGUUCUGCUGACUAAUUUAUAUUAGGUUUAAUUUCUGGAUAAGAAAAAAAAAAAAAAAAACUUUAUAUUUUUUAAAGAUGACUUUAGAUGAACAAUUAUAGCAUAUUAAAUGUGUCCGUUGAACUAAUGGACCAUCAUAUCAAAUGUUCCAAACAAAUUGAUAUAUGAAAGAUUUUAAAAACAAUGCUGAAAUUGUAUGCUCUCAUAUUGUACCACAGUAGAUCAUCUCAGUGGCUCUUUUUUUUUUUUGAGUUUGUCAAGUUCACUAAGUUCACUAUUAUUUUAUAGACAGCCCUAUGAAUGCAAAACACCACCUUAACUACUGCAUACAUGUGCAGGAAAACUCUUCCAUCUCUCCAUCAGAAAGAGUAGGCAAUAAGCCAAGCACUUCCACAUUCUUACCAAGAAAUCAAACCUCUAAAUGCCCUCUCAAAUCAAAUCUCAGUCAGAGCAUUUGGCUGUCAGACAAUGAUAUUGACCUGCUUGGGCCAAUCAGUGUAAGUUUGGAGAGCCAGAGAGAUGUAUGGUUAGUGUAGAUGAUUGUCCUGCAAUUCAGGAAGACACCGCAAUGUCUGAUUGCAAAAUUGCCCUCUGAAUAUUCAUACAUUUUUAGUUGUUUACAUAGCUUUAUUAGCAUUUUCGUGUAUAUCUUUGUUAGCAUAUCAAUCAUGUAUGUGGUUUUAGAAAAUGAUUGGUUUGUUCUCCUUACUUGAAAACUUUGAAUAUUAAACUGUAGAAAGUUGAUAAUUAGAGAGAUGUUUGGAUUGGAUAAUUAGGUGUCCACAAAGUAUCAAAUAGGCACUAAUGGUUUUCACAAUGGCAGGGGCACUCAAAACAUAAUUUUUGUGCUUAUUUUUGAUAAGUUUAAAGAGCUUUUUGUAAUUCUGGAAGCAAAAUAACAUUCUGCAUUGGCGACCAUUAUCUGAACUUUAAGCAUAGUUUUUUACCUUUCAGAAAGUCUCUCUUCAACUGAAAACCAGAGAUGAGCUUUAAGAAUUAAAGGGUUAGUUCAUCCAAAAAUGAAAAUU